AACACGAUUAAGAGAACAUAUCGACGAAGUACCUUUAUGGUAGGGAUAAGGAGGAUUACUGAUGAUCUGAGCACCUUUUUUUUUAAAGGAGAGAUUUUAUUAUUUUUCUCUUAACUUUCAGUAAUCUAUUUGUUGGAGCGAAUUGAACGGGUUACAAUUGAGAUCUGGAGCCGACAACUUGCAAACCGAAGCAUGACGAAAGUAUAAGGACUUUGCUAGCCAGGUCUAGAAGGUAAAGAAAGUGUUUAUCAAGUGGAAUAGCAAACAGGAUUCAGAGCAAGAAAAAAAAGCCAAACAAAUCUAGACAGAAUUCUGCCGAAGAAGGCACCUGUGCCGAGGCGAAGACAGCUUUUUAAGCGAAGAGAAGAAAGACGACGACAUGAAACACACCAAUGACAGCAACUCAACCGAGGACAAUGAGAAGGAAGUCAUAUUUAUGAGCGACCCAACAGUUGCGUUUGUCAUCUACGGACUGCUCUCGUUUUCCAUCAUCCUUGCAAACAGCCUAAUUCUGCUGCUCAUCUGGCGCAAACGACGACUCCGCACCACAUCCAACAUGAUUCUUACCAGUCUCGCAGUAAGCGACCUUCUGACAGGUUUGGUAGCGGUACCAAUGGUUAUUGUCUGCUCAGCCGUUAUGAGUUUCGAAGUGUGUCUCCCUAUGGAUAUCUCCAACCGCUUUCUGGCUUUCUCGUCCGUGGGCCACCUUACCUUCUUAUCUGUCGACCGUUACAUAAGAGUAACCAAGAUUCUGCAGUACCCGUCCAUCGUAACGGAAGAAAGACUCCGUUUUGUGCUGGCUUCUGUCUGGUUCUUCGCGCUGCUGGCCUCAAUGAUACAGCUUACCUGGAUUCUGCAGCCCACGAUACCUGAAGACACAGUGAAUCGUUUUGACCUCGGAUACGACUUCCUUCACAUGGCCGCCCUCGUCGUGGUGCCCUUGCUUGUGACGAGCGCCAUUUACACCAAGCUUUUCACUCACCUUCGAAGGCAAGGCAACGAGAUCCACAGCGAACUUACCAAACGCUCGGAAUCUCAGGUCAACAAAGGCAGACGACAAGUCAACGAGAAAAAAGUCGCAUUGAUCUUCAUCGCCAUGAUGACAGUGUUCAUAGUUGGAUUGUUUUUCUAUUUUCUCUGGGCACUAAUGGAAGACCUGCACGCCAUAGGGCAGGAUAGUUUGUCUCCAAAAGCAGCUAUCGCAAUAGUCUCAACUAUCAUUUUCUUUCGCUUCUUGACAGCGUUGUGCAAUCCGCUCCUCUGCACUUUCAUGAAGCAGGACUUCCGCGACGCUUUAAAAUCUUUGGUAACUGGACUGAGGACCUCGGAUACAGUAAGACUGACCAGCUACUCAUCAAGAGCUCGUGCAGCAAGUUCAGUUUAUAGUAGUAGAGAGUAAUUGGAUGAAAAGAUUUGUUGUGAUUUCGAGAAUCAAGUUUCGAGAUAGAAAAAUAUAUAGAAUAAAAAAUUAAACACUCA